AUGGAUUCGGACUCCGCGACACCUCGACGUUCUCAGCGAAUCCAGAAAAUGGCUUCUCCAACUCCAAUUUCCCCCUCAACAGCCAACGGCAGCUCCUCCGAGAAAACCGUAAUGACUGCGCGGAGAACGCCCUACCUCCCCACCACCGUUGAGACAAUCCUCCUUUCAGUAUACCCAAUUAUUCUCUGCAUCGGCUCCCUCUUCGCCCUCCUUGAUCCCUCCACAAGAGCAUCGCCAUACAACGCAACUACACAAUCACAUCAGGCAGCAACAGCACCGUCAUAUUUUGCUAAGAAGAGCAAUGUCUUUAACACAUUUUUCGUAAAGCAGGGCUGGGCAUGGGUGACAUUCAGCUACUUCUUCUUCCUCUUUACGCACCCCUCAACCGGCCCAUCUCUCUCCCCAGCCAUAACACCGCGACGAUUGCGCGGAAUCUUCAGAUAUGGGAUAGUGACCGUCUGGUGGAUAUUCGUCACACAAUGGUUCUUCGGCCCCGCGAUCAUCGACCGCGGGUUCAGGCUCACAGGCGGACAAUGCGAGCUUGUGGAUCAAGCGGAGAAAGGAAACGUGGAUAUGGAUGAUGCGAGACAGCUUGUUACGGGGAUGGCGUGUAAGGCUGUGGGUGGGAAGUGGGGUGGGGGGCAUGAUAUUAGUGGGCACGUUUUCUUGUUGGUGCUGGGGAGUAUGUUUCUUUUUGAGGAGGUGCUGCAUGUUGUCUUGAAGUCUGCCAAGUCGAGUGAGAGGACGAUUUAUAUGGCUGAUGGAGCUGUGAAAAGUGCCGAUGUUGAGGCGCCCCGUGAUUCGACUGCGGAAACAGCUGGGCAGUGGACUUUGGGGGCGAAGGUUGUGUUGGGUGUUGCGGGUUUGAGUGUUUAUAUGCUUUUGAUGACAGCGGCAUAUUUCCAUACGUGGUUCGAAAAGUUUACUGGGCUGUUGGUUGCAUUCAGCGGUAUAUUCGUGGUUUAUUCCCUACCUCGAUUCGUACCAGCGCUAAGGGGCAUAAUCGGUAUGCCAGGAGUAUAG